AUGGGAUAUUUAAGUUUAACAGUCAUCACAUCCUUCACAUUUUUGUUGGCUUACUCAUUUUUGAUUAGUGGAGCUCAUGCAAAGUUGUCAUCAUCCUCAGAACAGACAGCACCUGCACCCAAUGAAUUACAGAAACGACCAUGGCAGAUGAGAGCAUAUCCAGCACGAAGACUUAAACCUGUAAAUUUCUAUAAGAAAGACUUUCAAAAUGACGUGGAAUUUGACGAUGUGAUAAACGAUAUGGAGAAGAGAUUUGAUGAUUAUGGACAUAUGAGAUUUGGAAAGCGUGGAGUUGGUGAGGACGGGUUUGAUGACUAUGGUCACAUGAGAUUCGGACGAUAA